UUUUAUACGCUCAGCUCGCGGUAAUAGUUGACUUUAAGAAUAAUAGUUGGGUAUUCGAGUGAAUUUUGAAAUACUAAACCAAUAAGUAUGAUUCGAAAGUUUUGUAGGAUCUUUUGUGUGGUUUUUCUUAUUGCGGAUUUUCAAUCAAGUCAGUCCCAGUUUGAUAACAAUAGGAAAAAUCAUUUGAUUCCGAGCAACAUAAAUGGACCUCUUUCCUUACCUGAUGACGCGUUGCACCAGGCGUCAAUACGUCUAAUCAACAAAGAUAUUACCUUCGGUGAAGGGCACAUUUGUAGUGGUUCUUUGAUAUCAACGCGAGUCGUUUUAACAGCUGCUCGAUGUCUUUUCAAUUUGGACUUCAAGACACCGCGUCAUCCAUCAGAACUAAUCGUAGUUAUGGGAACAAGUGAUCGAUAUCAGCGGACAUUAGAUACUGUUACUUCUGGCAUCACGCAUAUUCGAUAUCCGACUAGUUUUGAUUUAGAAUCGAUGCGCGACGAUAUUGGUUUGUUGUUUUUGAGUCGUGAGAUACCUGAAAAACAUUCGACUAUUAGACCAAUUGAACUUAAUUGGAAAAUAACUGAUAACUAUGUUCGAGGAUCAGUGACGGGUUGGGACCUAUCUAAGAACGGUGACUUAUCACGUCAACUUCUUAUCGCCAAUGUAUCUAUCUUAGAUCGAAAUAAUUGUAAACAUAAUGUAGAGCAACUGCUUAUAACAAAAAGAAUGAUUUGUGGUAGAUACAUGAGGGAAAUGGACAAAAGGAUUUAUCAAUCAGAUGUUGGGGCUCCAUUGGUUAUUGCUGGAAAACAGAUAGGAUUGGCAUCUAUCACAAUGUCAAAUUAUUCAACACUUAGUGAUAAACUUGUAAUAUAUACAGAUGUAGCGUAUCAUAAAGAAUGGAUUUGGACAGAAUUGAGAGAUGAAAACAAUAAUGACAGUUCAGUUUGGGGAUUACUGGGAUUCUUAAUUUUAACUUGGUUUGCAUUUAGAGAAAAACAAAAAUUAAGCUUUAGAUUAUGUUUGUGAUUUGAUUUUUUUUUAAUGAAAUGAAUCUGAUUAGUGAUUAUUUAAACUAAGUUUUUUUUUAAGAAAAUACUUUGCAUAGAAUUUGAAGUAUUUUUCUAUGAUUUAGUGCUUUUAACAAAGUUAUUUAGAUAUAGUAAAGGCCAUUAAACCAACAAUAGAAAAACAUUCAGAUACAGAAAUGAAAGUAUUUUUCACAAAGCAGAUUAUUACAUAUGUAUUACACUUAAUAUUUUGCAUAACCCAUAGUUUUAUUGAAUAAUUUUGUAUUAUGCUAUUAACAAAGUAGAUUAAAAUCUUCUUGUAGCUCUUUAAAUUCUUCUUUAAGUUAAUAAUUU